AUGGAUGUGGGUAGAAGGAGAGACGGGGUAAGGAGUGGUGUGGUUGCAGGGUCUGUGUGGGAGAGCAGAAUGAAGAUUGAUGAAGUCAAAGGUGGAAUUAAGGUCUUCAAUGGCGAUCAGGAGAAUUCUGAAGAUCAGAGUAAUGCUAGCAAUGGGGUUGCUGGAACUCGUACAAGGUCGAAGAGAGGUCAAGCUGGUGGUGCACUGACUGCUGCUGGCAAGAGAAAGACUUGGAAAUCUGACACCUCUGAAGGUUUUGAGAAGAACCCAAUUCAGAUAUCCAAAGCAAAAACAGAGUCUUUGAAGAAUUCUGACCAACAGUGCAAGGAACUGAGUGUGUCUGUUGAUGGGAUCAAGAAGAGCCCAACUCAGCUGAGAAGGCUUAGAUCUGAGGCAAGCAAGGAGAUUGGUGCUGCUGCUUCUGAUAAAAAUGAGAGAAGCUCAGUUGGGAUUAGGAAACCAAGGAAUGAAUUACGGAAAAGUGCUAGUGAUUUGGGUGAAGCUAGUGUGGGAAUUGAGAAAAAUUCAGCUCAGUUAAGGAAGGUAAAAUCAGAGUGUAAUAAGGGACUUGAUGCUUCUGGUAAUGCAAUUCAAUUGGGAAAAGCGAAAUCUGAGUCCAAUAAGGCCUUGGAUGAAUCUGAUAAGGAAAUUGAUACGCCUGUUGAGGUAAUUGAGAAAAGCCCAGUUGAGAUUGAAAACAGUGGAUCUGAGGAGAAUUGCAAGGAGUUCGGUGUGUGCCAAGAAAUGGUCAUUUCAAGCGGCGAGAGCAAUGUGGAUGUGCCCAAAUCUGAUCCAAAGCAUCGGUGCAUGAUGGUGAUGAUCAAGAGGGUGAUGAAGAAGACGAUGGAGAUGAAUUGGAGGAAGAGGUGGAUGAGGAAAUUGAGGUUGAGGUUGAAAAGAAAAGCGUUGAUAUUAAGGAAGUCAAUGCAACAGAAGAGAAAUUGA